AUGGAACUGGGCGAUGAGCAGCUAGGGGGUGUGAAUGUGGAUAUUGGUGUCCAAGAAAUCCUGCUAGCCGCAUCGCAGCAUGACAUCUCACGAUUGCGCGAACUGAUUCGAUCUUUUGACAAGGCCGAGAACCCGGCAAAUGUGAAAGAUCCAGAAACAGGAUACUCCCCUCUUCAUGCGGCCAUUGCUGCUUGCGAGCCCGACUCAGAAGAGUCUGGUGAGACACGCAAGGCCAACGGAUUAGGAAAUGAUGCUAGCGCUCUGCCUGAAGAGGGCCCUUCAAACAUUCUUGAACCUGGAAGCGAGAUGGUUAGGUUUCUCCUUCAAGAGGGUGCCAUUUGGAACGAUCUUGAUGCCAAUAACGAGACUCCCGGAUGUAUAGCAAAGAGGUUGGGACUCGAUGAGCUGUACCAAUUGAUGGUGGAUGCAGGGGUACGGGCUGAAAUGCUCCUGAAUCGACUGGACGAAUACGAGCUACUGCAGGAUUCUGAUGAGGAGGAUACCUCACCAGCAGACGUGACGCCAGAACAACAGACCGGUGAACACAUUGCUCCCUCCGAAGCAGGUAAUGCCGCCAGUGCUCAAGGACCGGAUGUAACCGGUUCUCGAUAUCUCCAGUCGAAUCUAGCAUUCAACGAUGGUCGCCUUCUAGAUCAAGAUCAGAACGGUGUCAUGAUGUCCUGGGAGUCUGAAAUCAUGGAGCGUUCGGCGAAAGCUAUUCUUCCAGAAUCCGGGCUGCGAGUACUCAAUAUCGGCCACGGCAUGGGAAUCAUUGACAAUAUCAUCCAGACUCUUCAGCCCAGCGUUCACCAUAUUGUCGAGGCCCACCCAGCGGUGGUGGAAGAAAUGAAAAGGAAAGGUUGGCAUGAAAAGCCGGGCGUGGUUAUUCAUCAGGGCAAAUGGCAAGAGAUCGUGCCUGAACUGAUAAACGAGGGACAAACGUUUGAUGCCCUCUAUUAUGACACUUUCGCCGAAUCUUACUCGGAUUUCCGAGCUUUCUUCUCUGAGCAAAUCAUUGGCUUGCUCGAUAUAAACGGGAAAUGGAGCUAUUUCAACGGCAUGGGCGCUGAUAGGCAAAUAAGCUACGACGUAUAUCAAAAGGUCGUUGAAAUGGACCUCCUCGAGGCUGGAUUUGAUGUCGAUUGGGAAGAAAUCAGUGUGCCAUCGUUGGAGGGAGAAUGGGAGGGUGUCAGGAGGAAGUACUGGGUUAUAGAUAGCUACAGGUUGCCUGUAUGCCGGUACCUAGACUAG